AUGGAACCUGUUUUUUUCAGGCCGAUUGCCGUAUCAACAGUAGAUGGAUUCUUUGGUGGAUGUACUGCUCUUGAUGCUGUUCUUGCCAGCACAUUUGAUUGUUUGUACGACAUUAAAUGUCUUGAAACUUUUACUGAUUACUUUCCAAAUGUCACUCGAAUGAACUUAAAUUGGACUAAUUCUGUUUUAACUUCAAGUCGAAAAACUAUUUCAUUGAAUCAACUACUUGAAGAACUCUUAAUUGAAAAUCCAUCAAUACAUAUUAAUUAUCCAAAAUAUUUUAACGAAUGUGCUCCUUCGGACUGUCAAUAUACCACAACUAGUCAAACCAAGUUUUUAGAUGUAAUUACUCUGUUACUGAGUCUUUAUGGUGGUCUUACUAUUAUACUUCGUUUAAUUGCGCCUUUGUUAAUUAGUCUGUUAUUAAAAUGCAAGAGUUGCCCAGAAAACACUGAUUUCAAACUUGGUAUCUUUUUAUUUUAA